AUGGCGAUGGCGGCAGCUUUCCCUGCUUUCCUAAUCCUCUACAUUGCCUUUCCCUUGACACUAACAUCCGCACAGGCUCCGCCCCCGGUGCUCACCGAAGAUUACUACGCGAAAACAUGCCCCGACUUCCAGAAAGUAAUCCGGGAAACCGUCACCGAGAAGCAGAAGGAGAAACCCGUCACCGCCGCUGGCACACUCCGCCUCUUCUUCCACGACUGCUUCGUUGAGGGUUGCGACGCCUCCCUUCUCAUCAGCUCCAACCACGUCAACAAAGCCGAGAGGGACGCAGAUGAAAACCUCUCCCUCUCGGGUGAUGCAUUUGACGUGAUCAUGAAGGCCAAGACCACGCUCGAGCUGACCUGCCCGGGCGUAGUCUCAUGCUCCGACAUCUUGGCCGAGACCACACGAGACCUUGUGACCAUGGUCGGCGGGCCAUUCUACAAGGUCAAGCUGGGACGGUUAGACGGACGUGUGUCCAAGGCCGAGCACGUGUUCGCCAACCUCCCAAGGACUAACCAAACCAUAGACGAAAUGAUCAAGUUCUUCGAAUCCAAAGGCUUUACCGCCGAAGAGUUGGUGGCCUUGAGCGGCGCCCACACCAUCGGAUUCUCCCACUGCAAGGAAUUCUCCGACAGACUAUUCAAAUACAACGCAACCACCCCAACCGAUCCCGAAAUGCACCCAAAGUUGGCCGAGGGCUUGAAAAAGACAUGCGCCAACUUCACUAAGGACCCAUCCAUGUCAGCAUUCAACGACAUGAUCACACCAGGCAAGUUCGACAACAUGUACUACCAGAACCUGAAGAGAAGGCUAGGGCUAUUGACAUCCGAUAUGGGUUUGCUUAACAACCCGAGGACCAAACCCUUGGUGGAGUUGUACGCUACCAAUCAGCAAGCUUUCUUCGAUGCCUUCGUAAAGGCCAUGGAGAAGCUCAGUCUCUAUGGAGUGAAGUCAGGGAAGGACGGAGAGGUGAGACGCCGGUGCGAUACGUUUAACGAUGUCAUUACAUCUUAG